CUGGCGAUGGCGAUUUGUUUACGCAACCUAGUGAUACUUUUAUCGUGAAAACUUCUUUUUCAGUAACGUGGCAAAUGAGGUGUGUCAAAAAUAGUGGAAAUUGGCUCGAUGCGGUUUGAAAAUAUAUUUACGGCGUGUUUUUGUGUGGGUUAAAAAUCCGUUAUCAGCCCCGGACUGAUAUCUUCGCGGCUAUGAUCUUUCGAACAUUUUGUUGUUCUCCUAUCGCUCUAAAUCAUCCCGAGCAAUACACGCUGGUCGAGUAGAAUUUUAAGUGGAGCUUCGGAACGAUAGAAAAAUCACGAGUCAUGAGUAUAAGUGUCAAGAAGAAAUUUUUUAUAUUGUUGAUGAGCGGCUGCGUAAUUAGCUGCUGGUUUAUAAUUAUUGGAGUAAAAAUAAGUCUCUUGGCACCGGGGCAAAAAGUUUGGAGCGUUGCUCAAUGGCCUUUGGCGAAGCUGAGCGUGGAAAAGCGAGCCCUGGAACCCUCGGCGUUGGGCAAAUGGUUACACGCUCCUGAAGAAACCACGCUUCCGUUGCUCAACGCCGAAUCGUUACUCGAUCCGGGAAAACGAAAUUUGAUUCUCGUCUGGAAGCACGGAGCUUUCCUUGAUCGACGUCACGUUCGUAAUUUCGCUGCGAAAAAGAGUGAUCCGUCGUCACCGUGGCGAGGAUGUUCGGUCCAAAAUUGCGAUUUGUCCUACCGCGACGAAGACCUCGCGAGGGCCGACGCGGUGAUAUUUCAUUUGCACAUGACGAAGGGAGUCGAAGAGUUGCCCGGGGCGAGAGGAAAACCCGGUCAAAUCUGGAUCUUCUUGACCGACGAAUCACCGCUUCACACGUUCCUUUACGCCGACAAAAAUCGCAAUGUUUCACAAUACGAUGGGAUCUUCGAUUGGUCGAUGAGCUACAGAGAGACCAGCGAUGUGCCAGUGCCCUAUGGAAGAACCUUGGCGAAAAAAACUGUCGACGAGAGUUGGAGACGAUCGCGAAAGCGAAGAAACAAGUUGGUUGCCAUUCUGGGGAGCAAUUGUUCAGGGAACAAUCGUCGCUGGGAAUACGUGAAUGAGCUUGAGAAUUUUCUUGGUGAAAAACUCGACAUUUUCGGCCGAUGUUUGAACGGAAACGCGACCGCUUGUCCCGGGCAUUUCGAUAAGGACUGUCCGAUCCUUGGCUCCUACAAAUUUUACUUGGCUUUCGAAAAUUCCAACUGCCGCGAGUACCUCACGGAAAAGGUGUUUUGGAACGCGUUCGAGAAGGGAUCGGUGCCGAUAAUAAUGGGGGCACCUCGAUCCGACUGCGAGCGACUUCUCCCGCCCGGUUCCUUUAUUCACGUCGUCGAUUUCUCGUCUCCCAGUAGUCUCGCCAGAUACCUUUUGUAUCUCGAUAACGUCGAUUAUGCCUACGACGCGUAUCACGAAUGGCGCUCCAAAUAUGUCGUCGUCAACGAUCACGGUUACUUCGGAUCGGAGUCGAGGCAUUACUGUCGCGUUUGCGAGGCUCUGCGCUACAAUAUUCGACCACCCAAGUUUCCGAUGUAUCAACGGAUCGGCGAUUUUUUAAAUGCUACCAGAGACUGUUAUCCUUAUUCUGAAUAAAUUUUUCACGUCAUCGCGAUAA